AUGGCAAGGAAGAAAUUUAGUGGACUGGAAAUCUCUCUAAUUGUCCUGUUUCUGAUAGUUACUAUAAUAGCUGUGGCUCUAGUUAUUGUUUUAGCAACCAAGACACCUGCUGUUGAAGUAUUAGAUAAACCUACUUCAACUCCAGCCACCACUGCCAGUCCUUCUGGUUUAGGAAAAUGUCCUGCUGAGUUAAAUGACCUCACCAAUACGAGAAUCAACUGCAUUCCAGAACAAUUCCCAACACAGACCGUGUGUGCACAGCGAGGCUGUUGCUGGAGGCCUGGAAAUAACACAGGGGUUCCUUGGUGUUUCUUUGCCGAUAACCAUGGCUACCGCAUCCAGCAAAAGACAGCAAAAAACACUGGACUUGAAGCCAUAUUAAACAAAAUCUCUUCUCCUACACUGUUUGGGAAUGACAUUCACACUGUCCUUCUCACGACUCAAAGCCAGACAGCCAAUCGUCUACGGAUCAAGAUUACUGAUCCCAAUAACAACAGAUAUGAAGUUCCCCAUCAGUAUGUAAAAGAUUUUUCUGGAACUGCACCUUCUGAAACACUGUAUGAGGUCCAGACUACAGACAACCCAUUCAGCAUCAAAGUUAUCAGAAAAACCAACAACAAGGUUUUAUUCGAUACGAGUGUUGGCCCUCUGAUUUACUCCGACCAGUACUUACAGAUUUCCACAAAACUUCCCAGUGAAUACAUGUACGGUCUCGGGGAACACAUUCAUCAGAGAUUCCGUCAUGAUGUGAACUGGAGAACAUGGCCAAUCUUUACUCGAGAUGAAAUUCCUGGAAAAAACAACCACAACUUAUAUGGCCAUCAGACAUUCUUCAUGUGUAUGGAAGACACAACUGGAAAAGCAUUUGGGGUGUUUUUAAUGAACAGCAAUGCAAUGGAGGUAUUAAUCCAACCCACUCCAAUAGUAACUUACAAAAUCAUUGGUGGUAUUCUGGACUUUUAUAUAUUUCUUGGAGAUACACCAGAACAAGUUGUACAACAGUAUCAAGAGUUCAUAGGUCGGCCUGCCAUGCCCGCCUACUGGAGUCUUGGAUUCCAGUUGAGUCGCUGGAAUUACAAGUCUUUGGAUGUAGUGAAGGAAGUAGUAAGAAGAAACAGGGAAGCUGGCAUUCCAUAUGACACACAAGUCACUGACAUUGACUAUAUGGAAGACAAGAAGGACUUCACAUACGAUGAAGUUACAUUUAAAGGGCUCCCCGAGUUUGCUGAAGAUUUGCAUGCCCAUGGACAAAAAUACGUUAUCAUCUUGGACCCUGCAAUUUCUAUAAAUAAGCGUGCCAAUGGAGCCUCAUAUGAGUCCUAUGAUAGAGGAAAUGCAAAACACGUGUGGGUAAAUGAGUCCGAUGGGGUAACACCACUUAUUGGAGAGGUAUGGCCAGGAUUAACAGUAUACCCAGAUUUCACCAAUCCAGACUGCGUUGAUUGGUGGGUAAAUGAGUGCAAUGAAUUCUAUAAACAAGUGAAAUAUGACGGACUUUGGAUUGACAUGAAUGAAGUUUCCAGUUUUAUUCAAGGUUCACUGAAAGGUUGUGGUGACAACAAAUGGAAUUAUCCACCUUUUAUUCCUGGUAUUCUUGACAGACUCAUGUAUUCCAAGACCCUUUGCAUGGAUGCAGUGCAGAACUGGGGGACGCAGUACAACGUGCACAGCCUCUAUGGGUACAGCAUGUCCAUUGCCACUGAGAAAGCUAUAGCAAAGGUAUUUCCGAAUAAAAGAGGCUUCAUUCUCACCCGCUCCACGUUUGCGGGCACUGGGCGGUAUGCUGCACAUUGGCUGGGCGACAACACCGCCUCCUGGGAGCAGAUGGAAUGGUCCAUCACUGGCAUGCUGGAGUUCGGUUUGUUCGGAAUGCCUCUGGUGGGUGCAGACAUCUGCGGGUUUAUAGCUAACACCACUGAGGAGCUGUGCAGAAGAUGGAUGCAACUUGGUGCUUUUUAUCCAUUUUCUAGGAACCAUAAUGCUGAUGGAUAUGCGGAACAAGAUCCUGCAGUUUUUGGAAAAGACUCGCUUCUAGUCAGAACUUCAAGGCACUACCUCAGGAUUCGCUACACUCUGCUGCCGUUCCUCUACACUCUCUUUUAUAGAGCACAUAUGUUUGGAGAAACAGUCGCUAGGCCAGUUCUUCAUGAGUUUUAUAAUGACAUGAACAGCUGGGUUGAGGACCUUGAGUUUCUGUGGGGCCCAGCGUUACUCAUUACUCCUGUUUUGAAGCAGGGAGCAGAGGUGGUGAGUGCCUACAUCCCUGAUGCAACCUGGUAUGACUACGAAACAGGGGCAAAACGACCUUGGAGAAAACAGAGGGUGAAUAUGUACCUUCCGGAAGACAAAAUAGGACUGCAUCUCAGAGGAGGCUACAUUAUUCCUAUACAGCAGCCAGAUGUGACAACUACUGCAAGCCGGAAGAAUCCUCUCGGCCUUAUCGUUGCACUGGAUGAAAAUAACACAGCAAAGGGAGACUUUUUCUGGGAUGAUGGAGAAAGUAUCAAAAGCAUCGACGAUGGCAUCUAUAUAUUGUAUGAAUUUUCAGUUUCUAAUAAAAACUUACAAAUUACAUGCAAACAUGCAAACUAUGAAGAAGGAACCACUUUAGCAUUUGAAACCAUAAAAGUCCUUGGGUUGACAGAAACUGUUACUGAAGUUACAGUAGCUGAAAACAACCAGGCAAUGUCUGCACAUGCUAACUUCACUUACGAUGCUUCCAACCAGGUUCUCCUAAUUACGGAUCUCAAGUUUAACCUUGGAAAAAACUUUACAAUUCAAUGGAAUCAAGUUUUCCCAGACUAUGAGAGGUUCAAUUGCUAUCCUGACUCAGAUACAAUAGAUGAGGAAGAGUGCUUGAAGCGGGGCUGUGUCAUAGCAAAGGCUGAAUCUGACCCAAGAGCACCUGAGUGCUACUUUCCCAGACAAGACAACCCUUACUCAGUUUCAUCAGUUCAGUAUCUUCCAACGGGUAUGACAGCCGACCUUCAGCUCAAUCCCACAAAUGCUAGAAUCCAGCUUCCAUCCACACCCAUCGUUGCCCUUCGAGUGGAGGUGAAAUACCACAAAAAUGACAUGCUGCAGUUUAAGAUUUAUGAUUCCCAAAAUAAGAGAUACGAAGUUCCAGUACCAUUGAACAUUCCAGAAACUCCAAUGAGUACUCAUGAAAACAGACUUUAUGAUGUGGAAAUCAGAGAAAACCCUUUUGGCAUCCGAGUUCGACGCAGGAGCACUGGGAGAAUCAUUUGGGAUUCUUGCCUGCCCGGGUUUGCCUUCAAUGACCAGUUCAUUCAGAUCUCUACGCGCUUGCCAUCAGAGUACAUCUAUGGUUUUGGGGAAGUGGAGCACCAGGCAUUUAGGCAUGACCUGCAAUGGCAUACCUGGGGCAUGUUCACGCGGGACCAGCCCCCUGGGUAUAAACUUAAUUCCUAUGGAUUUCAGCCAUAUUACAUGGCCCUGGAAGAAGAAGGGAAUGCUCAUGGUGUUCUCUUAUUGAACAGCAAUGGAAUGGAUGUUACAUUCCAGCCAACUCCUGCUUUGACUUACCGUAUCAUUGGAGGUAUCUUGGAUUUUUACAUGUUCUUGGGUCCAACUCCAGAGGUUGCAACAAAGCAGUAUCAUGAAGUCAUUGGCCACCCAGUAAUGCCUCCUUACUGGGCUUUGGGGUUCCAGUUGUGCCGUUAUGGAUACAGAAACACUUCAGAAAUUCAGCAGCUGUAUGAUGACAUGGUGGCCGCCAAGAUUCCCUAUGAUGUCCAAUAUACAGACAUUGAUUACAUGGAAAGACAACUAGACUUCACAAUUGGUGAAAGAUUCCAUGACCUUCCUCAGCUUGUUGACAGAAUAAGAAAUGACGGGAUGAGAUACAUUAUUAUUCUGGAUCCAGCAAUUUCAGGAAAUGAAACAAAGCCUUAUCCUGCAUUUUCAAGAGGAAUCACAAAUGAUGUCUUCGUCAAAUGGCCAGACACCAGUGAGAUUUGUUGGGCAAAGGUUUGGCCAGAUUUACCCAAUAUAACAAUAGAUGAGACUUUAACUGAGGAUGAAGCCGUUAAUGCCUCCAGAGCUCAUGUAGCUUUCCCAGAUUUCUUCAAGAAUUCCACUGCAGAGUGGUGGACCAGGGAAAUCAUGGAUUUCUACAAUGACCAAAUGAAGUUUGAUGGCUUAUGGAUUGACAUGAAUGAGCCGUCAAGUUUUGUAAAUGGAACAACUACUAACCAGUGCAGAAAUGAUCGGUUAAAUUAUCCACCUUAUUCUCCAGCACUUACAAAGAGAAAUGAAGGAUUGCACUUCCGAACCAUGUGCAUGGAGACAGAGCAGAUUCUCAGCGAUGGGUCUUCAGUGCUGCAUUAUGAUGUGCACAACCUCUAUGGAUGGUCCCAGAUGAAACCUACUUAUGAUGCAUUGCAGAGGACAACAGGCAAAAGGGGAAUCGUCAUCUCCCGCUCCACAUAUCCCACCGCCGGGCGCUGGGGGGGUCACUGGCUUGGAGACAACUAUGCCAACUGGGAAAAUCUGGACAAAUCCAUCAUUGGUAUGAUGGAGUUUAGUCUCUUUGGAAUAUCAUAUACUGGAGCAGACAUCUGUGGUUUCUUUAACAAUUCCGAAUACCACCUCUGUGCUCGCUGGACGCAGCUGGGGGCCUUCUAUCCCUACUCUCGGAAUCACAACAUCGCAUUUACUCGAAGACAAGAUCCCGUUUCCUGGAAUACAUCUUUUGCCGAAAUGUCAAAGAAUGUCCUGGAGAUUAGAUACACUUUAUUGCCCUAUUUCUACACACAAAUGCAUGAAGUUCAUGCCAAGGGUGGCACUGUUAUCCGACCUCUUUUGCAUGAGAUACAGGGCGAGGAGAUAAAUAUCAGAGGUGGAUACCAUACUUUUUCAGCUCCUUUUGAUAUGAUAAAUCUACAUGUGCGAGGUGGCUACAUCCUGCCAUGCCAAGAGCCAGCUCGGAACACAUUUCAUAGUCGAAAAAACUACAUGAAGCUCAUCGUGGCAGCAGAUGACAAUCAGAUGGCAGGAGGUUCUCUGUUUUGGGAUGAUGGCGACACUAUCAAUACCUAUGAAAGAGACAUGUAUUUACUGGUGGAAUUUAAUUUAAACAAGACCACUUUAACGACCACCAUAUUGAAAAAUGGUUACAGAAACAGAGAUGAAACUAGGCUUGGAAAUAUCGCAGUGUGGGGAGAAGGGAGCACUGCUAUCCAUGAGGUUUCUUUGAGACGCAAUGACAAUAUUGAGGCACUUCCCUUUAGUCAUAAUACAACCACCAAGAUAUUAGAUAUCAACCUAAGAAAUCAUAAUGUUACUCUGGAUGAACCAAUACAAAUCAGUUGGUCAUGA